CAACGCUGGCAAGUCUCACCGUGGGUGAGAGGUCGAUCGUAUUUUUAUUCUCACCCUGGGUGAGAACAGCCAUUUCCUAACUUAUUAGCAGCAUAUAGUGUAAAGUUCUUUAAAACUUUAAAAAAAAAUAUUAAUUUUUUUCACUGUUGUUUGCAAUGACCUUCACCCAGCCCAUUACAUAAACUAAACCUGAAACUUAUCUUGGCCUGCACAACUUAUUCUCUGUAUUGUUCUGUGUGUGUCUGUGCUAUGAUGGGCAGACUGUUUAUCAAUAUCAUUUAGUAACAUCUCUUUGUUCAAAUUUCAAAUUUGUUUCCUGUGAAUGCAUUGUGGCAAGUUGUCACAUGCAAUGUCUUAUUGUUUGUCACACCUCUUUGAUAAUCAGAUGGGGCAUUGGAGUUUUUAAAACUUAAUGUUUAAUUUGUAUGUUCUUUAAAUUAUUUCUGAUGCUCCAUAGACUCGGUAAAAUUUAGGUGAUAUUACUCAUAGUCAUAAUUAGUCGAUUAUUCCAUCAUUUUUGUUCCCUGAUAUUUUGAUUGAACUUGUCACCUUUCCCUUACGAAAGUAAACUAAAGUAAAGUGAAUUUGAUUGAUACGAUAAACUGCAUUCUAAAGUCUGCAGUAUUAUGCUGUCUACGGAAAGUCAGCGACAGCCUCUGGGAACCGUACUUGAGUACUCAUAGUCAUCAGUUGAUAUUACAUCUUUUUUUUUUUUCAGAGACUUUGUUUUUAGAUAAUCACAUUCACUUACUAAGUUACUGAAGAAGUGAAUUUGAUACAAGACUGCUGACUAAAGUCUGCAGCAUCAUGCUGUCUACGGAAAGUCAGAGAGCCUCUGCUCUGGAUCAGGUGAAACGAGAGUUGCGAUCUAUUCUGCUCAGUGCCAAGCUUGGAGUAGCCUUGGAUGAAAUUCAAAAGGACUAUGAGAUGCUCUCAUGUAGUCGCCUUCCAUACCGAGACCUGGGGUUCAAGGAUGUCCAGUCUUUCAUGCGCUCCAUUCCUGAUGUGGCUGUGGAAGUGAGGAAUCCGAAUGGAGACACUGUGUACAAAGCCGUGUGUGAUGAGUCAACGGCUCACAUUCAGAAACUGGUCAGUAACCAGAGGACAGUCACCAAGAAAAAGAGCAAAUUUGUGAGAGGUCGUGGGAGAGGUCGCGGGGCUGCAGGAGGAGGCUUUGUGAGAGGUCGUGGAGGAAUGACCAGAGGCGGAGGGGACAGAGGCAGAGGAGGGAGGGGAGGCUCCACUCAUUUUCCAUUAAACAAGCCAAGACUGCCCAAAGGACAUGUGAGUACCAGAGGAGGCCGACUACCAUCAUUCUCCACAAUGAGCAGUCUAGGUGCCACUGACGUUCGCACCAAGAUGAACCAGCAAGAAAGGGAACGUUCCUCGAGAGAGAGCUCCUCCACUGCAACUGUGAGCAAGUCCUCCAUUGCGUUUGCCUUCAAGAAGCUGGAGACGUACGAUACUAGUCAUGGUUCCUCGGAUUUCAGUUCAUCGUGGGAUGUGAGAAAUCGUCGCCCAGUGUUGGGGGCUCGGGACAACGGUCAAGCAGAUACGAGCUAUGACCGGUGGGAGGGCGAUGCGGAGAACAACGAGUUGAACAAAGAGAAUCUAUGCACUGAUAUGGUCAAUCUGAAAAUCGGCGUGAGCAAAAAUGGUCAGAGGGUCAUUUCUACCGAAUCAGAGGACCAUGCGCCCCCCCCAGGUGGACAGACACGAGAUUUGCGGGCAUUCCUUAAUGAGAAGCGCAGUCGCCACCAGUCUGCAGAGAGCCAGAGUUCAGAGACUUUGCAGGACACAUGGGCACGGACAUCUACGGAGGGAAGAGGAGGUUGGGGAUCCUCCAGAGCCCGGGGCAAGGGCAAACGGCAGGGUGUGGCUUCCCAUAUGGCCUUCAAACAGGACAUACCCCCCAGGUUUGCCAGGCAACAGCAGAAUGGAGAUGGUGGGUCCAAAGUUCAAGCUGCUGUGAGGACUGACCCAUUGACCCCUCGACGCACCCACCGAGAUGAAAACACGGAUGAAGGAACAGUCCUGUACAUCAUAGACAAUGAUAACUGGGAACCCCCGGAGAAUGGAGAGCUCUAUCUGCGCACUUUCCGCGACUACUUUGCUCAGCGCGGCCAACGCCCCCCUGACAUUGACAUUGUGACGGGCAAGGCUCACAAACGGGCUGGUUUCUACGGCCGCUUGCGGUGGAAUGAUCAGUUGUACUAUCCAUUAGAAAUCUUGAGAACGGAGGAGGAGGCCAGACAGAAUGCUGCCAGGUCCUUCUGCAUUGAGAACAAAAUUCCACUUCUGGGUUCCAAAGAGGACAGCAAAAAGAGUUCCUCCGUCCUGGGGGACAUGAGCCGCGAGACGCCUGUGGCCAACUUUACACCUCCAUGGCUGGCACAGUCCGGCCUACAGUCUCUGGUACAGACGGAGAGCUCACCAACCUCGGCAACAGCCCAGCCUUCACCUUCACCUUCACCUUCUCCUGCGAGGUCACGAACGACAGUGGAGCCGUUGUCGCCGGCAGAAGUGCCCGUGAGUGGGCCAUGGUACGCUGCGGCGGGCUUGUCCAAUGAUGAACUGGAAGGGCGGGGCGCCGCGGCUGGUGGCUCGUCUGAUCAACGGUCGUCUGGCACCGGUGGUUGUACCGCGGAGGUCAUGGAGAAACUGUUUAAGCUACUGACAGAAAGUGGACUGUGGGCGCGGGCCAUCCCACAGUUGUAUGAGCAGACGUACGGAGAGAGCCUAGGCUUCCAGUUAACACCUGAGUCCCUGGAGCCGUGGUCCGACUUUUUCAACGUGGAGCAACCAAUCACAGGCCGUGCAGUCAUUUACCCGAUCUUGUCUGCGGCAGAUAAGCUUCCCUCUCUCAUGAAGACGACGGACACAGUCUCUCCUGCCCCCAACAUGCCUUCCUUGGUACCAGUGCCGCAGUUGAGGCUACCUGCCAUAGGGAAUGAGCUGACGGUUUUGUUCAGUUUUGCGUACUCUGCGGAAGAGUUGUAUCUCCAGUCGGCGGAGAGUGAGGACCUGGUGUACCAAGUGGACGAGAUUCUCGGCCAGAAAUGCCCCAACCUGCCCAUAGCUGAUGCGAAGGAUGUCGGGGUCGGGGGUUUGGUGGCUGCCCACUACGAGGGAGGCUGGUACAGGGCGAGAGUGGACGCCGUCCAACCAGAUGUGGUUCGUGUCUACUUCAUCGACUACGGCAACAGAGAGCAGGUGUCCCUGACGUCACUGCGGGGAAUCCCACAUGAAGACCUGGUGCUGCGCACACAGCCUCUGGCCUGGCCUUGUGCGCUGAGGAAACCGAAAAAUCUGCAAGGCCCCUGGCUUCCCAACACUUAUGAUAUUCUCAGCAAGAUCUCAGAGACGACAACCUUUGUGGCCAGAAUACUCUGUCAUUCUGGGUCGUCUUGCGUGGUGGACCUGAUCCUGCCUCAGGGUCAGCUGGUCAACUCGAUGCUGGUCAAGCAAGAGGGCCCCUCUCAGCAGGUCACUUCCUCCUCCACUGUGGUCAGUGCGGCCGAGCUUGGCCAGCAGCAGCAGCAGCAGCAACAACAGGAGACAGGUGUGAAGGAGAUCUCGGCCGGAACAGCUUCCUCUACUGUCCAGGCCGUGACUGCUGACCACAACAGGCCCGACAGUGACCAGAAGUCCAACAGCUCGUCGUGUGGCUCGCGACGUAGCAGUGUCAUCUCGCAUACUUCUACUGGAUCAAAGUCCAAGGUGUUUGCUGAUGACCCAGAACCCCUGGAGGUCCCAGAAGACGAGGACUUUGCUGUGUACGUGUGUACUGUGUUGACUGAGUCAAGUGUGCUGGUGCGCGUCAUUGAUGCAGAGUACUCGGACAAAUUGGACGACUUAGAGCAACAGAUCCGGGAGAAAUUCGACAGCUGGCCGAAGCCUGUUGAGGUCAAGAAGACGAAUGUGUAUGCAUGCAUGCUUGAGAUGGAGGAAGAAGAGGAAGAGGGCACCGAGGAUGGAGAGCAGGAGGAGGAGAAGACGAAAUACUACAGAGCCAGGGUCCUGGCGGAGAAUAAAGAGGAGAAGACAGUUGACAUCUACUUACCGGACCAUGGCCAGCAGGAAGUAGUCAGCCGCCACCAGCUGCGAGAAAUUGACCCCAAGCUCAACUCCUCUCUCUCCUACCAGGCGGUCUUGGCCAACCUCCACGGGCUGGACAGUAUCCCAGAGGGGCAGCGUGUUGUGGCUGCCGAGGCCCUGAUUCACCUCACACUCACCGAGGCUACCACCUUCAUGGCCGUCAGGAAAAACCUGGAGAAUCUUAACGUGGGAGGAGCCUCCACCGUGGAUAAAGUGCUGAUCUCUCGGGUCAGAAAGAUCAUGAGCUGCCUCCCGGCUGUGUCAGCGGAGACUGUAGCGGCCGUGUACCAGGACGUGUUUGGAACCCCGCUGGACAAUGUGGAGGAGAUCAUCAAGCACAUCCCUGGAUAUGGCUUCUGGAAAGAGUGCAGUAAGCCAAGUUCCGCUAUAUGCAUCUGGCCCGCUGUCUAUCAGUAGUGGGUCCAGUGGGCUCAACCAACAGCAGCAACAACACAGUGGGAUGCCCACCGUUGUCCCCUCGCCACGCCCCAGUCUCACAUCGUCCCCCGCCCCCACACCCCCCUCUGGCGGCGAUGAGGCCCAGCAACGGCUAGACCGCGUCAAGGACUACGUGCGAGAACAGGCCCCGCCUCCUCCUUCAUCCCCCCAGGCUACACCGGGCUCGAAGCCCAAACCCCGCAGCGCUUACACGUGGACCAAUCCCAAACUAAAGCAACAGCCACAAGGGGGUGCAGCGACCCCCGACUAUGGAGCCACUGCGUGGUCGCACAACGUAGAUGCCCCCACCUCACCCGGCCUUAACGGUGGGCCGCCGGGCAUGCGCGCCAUCACAGGAAAUCACAGUGGCCAGCAGGUGGGGUCACCGCCAUUCGACACCACCGCCUUGCCCAUCAUGGCCGACUCGGAGUGCGGCCAUCUGCCGAGUCUGCCCCGGUUCUGGGAGUAUGCUGUGCAGGAGUUUCAUGAGGUCUUUGUGUUGCAUGCGGAGAGUCCUUCUUCUUUUGUGACUGUGCCGUCAGAAGUCAGGAAGGCCUUGGUCAACAUGCAGGCGGAGAUGGAGGCUUACUUCAACUCUACCCCGAGCCAUCCCUUGACCCGUCUGUCCCACAAGUGUCUGUACGCUGUCAGAAAGGACUCAAUGUGGCACAGAGCGGUCUUCCGGAAGCAGCUCAAUCCAGGAGGGAUCCAGGUGUACUACCCUGACCACGGCAUGUACGACAUUGUCCAGUCCCCACUUCUGUUUGAGCUGCCGGCACAGUUCUACGCCCUGCCCUUCCUGGCUCACCAGAUGAUUCUCGGAGCCAUCGUCCCGAACACACAGGACUGGUCUGAGGCCUCCAAAUUCUUCUUCAUCUCGCGCGUCCUGAACAAGAACAUCUUUGCCUUCAUCAGGCGGGAUUUGAGCCUCAUCUCGGAGCAGGACAAAGCUGGCGCACCCAGCACUGACAACACACCCACCACCCCAGCUGCAACCGACGGGGAGUUGAGCAUUCCAAAGCCUAUUACAGUUCAGCUGGUGGACACCACUGGAGAGGAAGACGAGGUCAUCGACGACCUGAUGUGUCAGAGUGGCUAUGCCCGACGUCCUGGUGACCCGCCCGUUGUACAGAACUGAGCACAGGGCACUGCUGUGUGCUCAUAAACAGGGCACUGCUGUGUGCUCAUAAAACAGGGCACUCCUGUGUGCUCAUGAACAGGGCACUCCUGUGUGCUCAUAAGCGUCUGUUUUUUUGACGCGCUAGGACUUUGUGUCUGGGCGAUGUCCGUACUGUGGUGUUGUGGGUGGUGGAGGUUCUGUGCUGAACAAACUUGGAGUGCAUCGUUGUCGUGCUCCCUAUGCCUGUGAUGAGUUGGACAAGUGGGAAGAAUAAUCGAAUGCUGGUGCUGUCUUGAUCUCGUCCAAUCUUGAUCGAGGCGCGAGUCGGACUCGAUUUCACAAAAAAGACUCAUCUCAAAGAAUCAAAAUGUUUUAUGCAAGUUGCAGACUAAUGGUUGCCCCAUGGCAGUGUGAUACAUUUGUAUAGCUUCUUAAUAUGUCUUAAUGUUGACUUGAUAUCAAUGGCUGGAUGCAGGACUCUAACAACCGCCAUUAUGCCAUUUGGCUUGAGUCUUGCACCCAGAUAUAUGGAUAAUGUGUUUUAUGAUUGAGGGUGUGCGAAUUUUCAGGAAGUCUCCUUAAACGUGAUAGCCUGGUCAGAACUAUUGCUCGGGGUGUAUGGCAAGUUUGCCAUCCAUUGUGUCGGAGUUGUAACGGUUUUGUUUUUGCCUAUGAUCAAUUGUACCGUUCUUAGGGGAGAUAUCCUCUCAUGUUGACAAGGGGUCACCUGCCUAUGGUCCCCGAGGUCAAUUUGUCUGGCCCAUUGCCGUAUCACA